AUGCCCCGCCCUCGCCUGCGCACCCUCGCCCUCGUCGCUCCCUCGCCCGCCUCACACCGCACCGCCUCGACAGCCGCACCCCUCCAACCACGCCACGACACGCGGUGGCAAGGGUGGCAGCCCACAAUCGGACUCGAACUGCACGUACAGCUCAAGGGGAAUCCGAAACUCUUCUCCCAUGAGACGGCGACGUACGAUGCGACGCCCAACACACACGUCGCGCCCUUUGACGCCGCCUUGCCCGGCACGCUCCCCACUCUCCACCCAACACCCCUGCGCCUCGCCCUCCUCGCCUCCCUCGCGCUCAAAUCCCAAAUCAAUUCCCUCUCGCGCUUCGACAGGAAACACUAUUUCUAUCCAGACUUGACGCCUGGGUGGCAGAUCACGCAGCGUUACUCUCCACUUGCGACGGGCGGAUACGUGCGCGUCCGUACCCCUCCUCUACGCUCGAAAGGGGCUAAGAAGGGGAAGGGGAAAGCGGGAGAUGAGGGCGGUGCGAAGCAGGAAGAGGGGGACGAGUUCUUCACUGUGAGAUUGGAACAGGUCCAGUUGGAGCAGGACACCGCCAAAUCCUUCCACGAUCCCUCCCUCCCCUCCGGCCCAGGAACCCUCGUCGACCUGAACCGCGCAGGUGCAGCGCUGAUCGAGAUCGUCACGAAACCUGAUAUGCGGAGUCCGGAGGAGGCGGCGGCGUUCGUCAAGGCUUUGCAGAGUAUUCUGAGGAGCUCGGGAGUGAGUGGGGCGAAUAUGGACAAGGGCGAGUUGCGCUGCGACGUAAACGUCUCCGUCUCCCCUCUCUCGUCACCCGGUUCCGGCACGCGGUGCGAAGUCAAGAACCUCAACGGCGUGAGGUUCAUUAGUGCAGCGAUCGAAUCCGAGAUUCAGCGGCAAAUCGCGCUCCUGCAAAAAGGCGAAGAGGUCGAGUCCUCAACCCUCGGUUUCUCAGCCCUCACCCUCUCAACCUUCCACCUCCGCUCGAAAGAGUCGUCUCCCGACUACCGAUACAUGCCUGAUCCCGAACUCUCUCCGCUCGCUGUCCCAGCGGAAUUGGUGAGCAAGUUGCGGGGGGAGGUAGGCGAGUUACCGCUUGAGAGGGAGGAACGUGUGCGCGAGACGUAUGGAUUGGGCAGGAGGGAAGUGGGAGUUUUAGUGGCGCUUGGGGAGGGAGAGGAAGGUGCGGAGGGAGAGGGGGAUCAGGGGGUCGGGGUGAGGUGGUUUGAGGAGAUUGUCAAGGGCGGCGAGGCGAGGGAGCCAGAGGUCGUCAUGAAUUGGUUGAUCCACACCCUCCUCGGCGUCCUAACCCGCAACUCCUGCACCCUCUCCACCUCGCCUCUUUCUCCCUCAGACCUCGGCGCACUGAUUGAUGCGGUGACCAGCAAGCGGAUGAAUGGGACGGAGGCAAAGGCGGUUUUGGGCGAGUACGUCGCUGCGUCGCGCGAGGGGCGGGGAGGGAAGGGUGGGUUUGCGGAGGUGUUGAGACGGGAACUCGCGGCUCGGCCUGCACCGUCUCCGUCCUCCUCGGCACCCGACGCAGCAGCCCAGGACAACGACUUGACCGCCCUCAUCGACUCUAUCAUCUCUUCCCACCCCCUCGAAGUCUCCAAGAUCCGCGCUGGCCAAACGAAGGUCAUCCAGCGCCUCGUCGGGGAGGCUAUGAAGCGCUCAAAGGGCCGAGCGGACGCGAGGAGGGUUGCGGAGGAGAUUGGGCGGCGAUUGGGCGUGUAG